CAAUAUCGUUAUAUAUUUUGUAUCUGUUGCAGGGAUGAUGAAGGCCCCUGUUGAAGUUCAGUUUGCACAAAAAUUAGCUGCAAACGAUAAACUGACUCGAGAUAAAGCUUUGAGGAAACUCAAGAAAUGGUUUCACACAAGAUCUUCUGUUUCAGCGCCUUUUCAAGAUGAUGAACAACUUAGGUUAUGGAAAGGUUUGUUUUACUGCUACUGGAUGUCAGAUAAACCUUUGGUUCAAGAAGAACUAGCGAUUAACAUUGCUUCCUGUAUAGAUGCAUUUUGUACCGAGGAGUCUGCUCUGGGUUUUAUCAAAGCCUUCUUCUUGACUAUGGGACGUGAAUGGUUUGGUAUAGACAAGUGGAGAAUGGAUAAGUUCAUGAUGAUGUCCAGGAGGUUUCUCAGACAGGUGUUCAAGUACAAUGCUAGGAAGGGUUGGGACGAGGAGCUGUGUUCCAAAAUCAAGGAUAUCAUCAGUGAAACCCUCAUCCUCGUAGAUAUUAACAGCACCAGUUUAGGGUUCCAGAUGCAUAUCACUGAUAUAUUCCUGGAGGAAUUGGCCAAGGUUGGAGGAGAGAAUCUUGAUCAAUCCGUUCUCAAUAUAUAUCUUCAACCCUUUCUUAAGAUUGUUUCUGAAGGCCGGGAACCUAGACUAAGAGAUCAUGUUGUUGAGAGAAUAUUUAAUCAUAUUCUAAGACAAAGUGACCCUGGUAUCGAGUGGGAGAUGGAGAAGGAGGUUGAGUCCCUCGGCAACAUCGAGCUCAUCCAGGGCGAGGAUGAUGAUGAGGAAGAAGUAGAUAUCGAUGAGGAGGAUGUGGAUUUGGAUGAGGAAGUGUCGAGCAAACCAAAGGCUGAGGACCCUAGGGCCGGCCGAGUGGAUGUCGAGAUCCCCCAGCUAAAGAUUAACUACAAGGAGAUCUCUGAGCAAUUGUUCGAGCUCGGAUCCCAGAACACAAUCAUGAAGUCCAACAGAACCCUGCUCUACCGCCUCAGCAAGAUGUUCAAGGAUGUUGAGAGCGGGGUUUUUCCUCUCGGAGAUGAUAUCUCGGACGAGGAACCGGACGAGAAGAUCAACGUCAAGGCCUCCUUGGAGAAAUUGUUAAAGAAGCAGGAGAAGCUUAAGAAGAAGAACCUGAAGGGCAAGGAGGAGUACAGAAAGUGGAAAAAGGAGCAGGAGGCUGCCCAGGAGGCCGAGGAGGACGAGGACGAGGACGAGGAUGUAUUCAGUAAUGUGUAUGAAGAGAAGGAGGAGGAGGAAGCGGAAGACUUGAAAAGAAAGCUUGAAGAGGAACCAGAGGAAACUCCUGAAGCUAAGAAGGCAAGGAUACAUGAGAGUAAAAUGAACAAGAAGGAGAAGGAGAAGAAGAGAAAGGCGGAGUUGAAGAGACAGAAGAGGGAGAGAUUGUUAGCAGAGAAGAUCAAGGAGGGAGAGGAGAGAAGAAAGGCGGAUAUCAUGAUAGAACAGGAUAUCGGUCUUAUCAAGGCAAUGGAACCGGAAAACCUUGUUUCUGUUUCAGAAAAGGAACAAAAAAAGCUAAAAAAGAAACAAGAAAGUUUAAAAGAAAAAAGUGAAGUGAUGGCAAAUGGAAAUUCACCGACCACUAAGAAGUCCAAAAAAGAACUUGUUAAAGAGUCACCUGUAGAAAGUGAAGAACAAAUUACACUGACGAACGGAGAUACAGCGCAUAGUCCUGAGAAAAAGAAGAAGAAAAAGAAGAAAAACAAAAACAAAGAUACCUCCGUACUAGGCACAGAUGCAUCAAUGAUUGAAGAUAGUUCUAUAUUGAAAGAAUCUAAAGAUCUUUCGGAUAUGUCUCAGUCCCAGAAAAAGAAGAAAAAUAAGUCCGAAACUCCUGCCCUAAAUGACACCACAGAACUUAGUCAAUCCUCUAAAAAGAAGAAGUUAAAGAACGUAGAUUCUCCGGCCAAGUCCUCUGACCCUGCUCCGGAGAAGGUCGAAGACGUUUCUUCUGUUAAGAAAAAGAAAAAGAAGAAGGAUGGAAAUGAUAGUAUAACAAAUGGAAAACUUUUUGAGGUUCCGUCAGACUGGGAUACUCCGCUACAACCCGAAGAACAGGAGAUCGUUAUGCCUAACAAGAAGUAUAAAGGGACAGCCAAGCUAUCGCCUGUAUCUCCCGUUUCCUCUGGUUUCCCUGAAUUUGAUUCUCCAACGGUAUCCACCCCUAACCUGGCCAAGUCCCACACCGCUGUGUUCUUAAAGAAAGCUAUGUCUAAGUCUGCUACUCCUAAGAAGAAGUUGAAGAGGUUGGGAGAAGAGCAGAGUAAGAGCGCGUCAUCGGAGCCAAGGCUCAAGAGGGUCAACUUUGCUCUCACCAGGAAUAUGUCACAGGAGAUCGAAGACCUUUACACCUCUAUAGCAAGUAGUCCUGGGACCCCCCAUGACCCUAAAAAGAACCCAGAGAAGUCCCUUCUAAAGAGGACCUUGAGCAAACCUGUGUCAACUCUUCAUCCUGUCUCCUUGAACACUCAGCUCAACUCCCUGAGCCCGAUGGGCAAGAAAGCUCUCAUCGGAAAGAAACGUAUGAAGGCGAAGGACUUUUUCUCGUAAAUAAAUUGUUAUUUCUUGUAUCAAAUUCUUUCUAUUUUUUUCA